UGUGCUUGUCCCGCUGUCGGCACGCAUACUAGUGAGUACUUUUUUCCUACCUCGAGAAAAUGCUCAGUCCAGCACCUCCGCUUGGUGCUUGGCAAGACCCGGUCUUAGGAGCAGUCGCAGGUUAGUGUAGGUACGACGAACGGUCUGGCUCGAUCGCGCCACGCCACUCGCUCCCCGGCCCUUUCAACGCGCAUGCAGUAUCACCCAUCUUCCGUCCCUGUCCGUAGGUAGAUUCCGAGCAUGGUAGGACUGCUUGUAUUUAAGAAUACCCUGCAGCCCAACACCCCUCCCGCUGCCUCACCGAUCUCUAUCUCUCAAAAACUCUGGAUAUACAGUCAACCUCUUCUUGGUUGUUUAUCCUGACUCCAAAAUGAGGAACCCUUUCAAAACCUUUAUCCAGGAGCGGCCUACGGUAGAGGAGGUGGCUCCGCGGUCAGACGACAAGGAAGCUAUUGGAGCUGAUAGCAAAGAUGCUACUCUAGCCACCGAACGACCCCCCAGCAGCCAGGGGGGAGAUGAUGAUUCUAUCAAUAAAGAUGCUCAGGCAGGUGUCCAGAAGAUGGAAGCCAUCACCAAAACCUGGACGAAGCGCGACCUUUAUCUCGCCUAUACAUUGAUUUGGUUCAUUUACUUUAUCGAUGCUAUACAACAAGGAAUGGGGUUCUUGUUGACCCCCUAUGUCACCAGUUCUUUCCAAGAACACUCUUUGACGGCUACAGUAGGCGUCGCAGCCAACAUUAUUGGAGGCAUUUCAAAGCUUCCAUUAGCCAAGAUAUUAGAUGUAUGGGGUCGUCCUCAAGGGUACCUCUUGACAAUGUCCUCUAUGACCCUUGGGCUUGUUCUCAUGGCAGCUUGCAACAACGUCAACACAUAUGCCGCAGCACAAAUUUUCUACUGGGUCGGAUAUAACGGAAUCUCUUAUACUUCGAGUGUUUUCAUUGCCGACACUUCUGCGUUGAAGAACAGAGGAUUCGUGCUCGCCUAUGUUAGCUCGCCGUACAUAAUUACGGUGUGGGUCACUGGCCCUCUUGCCCAGAGUGUCCUCAAUGGUAUCGGCUGGAGAUGGGCCUUCGGUAUCUUCGCCAUCAUUACGCCAAUCAUCUGCUUACCUCUCUACUUCUUGUUCGCAUAUAACCAGCGCAAAGCGGUGCAGCAAGGAAUCCUCGUCCGACCCAAGAGUGGCCGUACUGUGAUGCAGUCGAUUGUCCACUACUUCUGGGAGUUCGAUAUCAUCUGCCUCAUCUUGGUAUCUGGCGGCUUCACCCUUUUCCUCCUUCCCUUCAGCAUCGCUACGAGCCAACGGUACGGCUGGAGAGAUCCCCUCACCAUCUCCUUCCUCGUUGUCGGCUUUGUUCUUCUCGGCCUCGCCGUUGUUUGGGAGAAGUACUGGGCCCCCGUCAAAUUCCUGCCAUGGCGACUUCUUAAGGAUCGCACUGUCCUCGGUGCCUGUGUUCUCGCUGCCGUGCUGUUUAUUGAGUACUACAUCUGGACAGCAUACUUCACGUCGUUCCUCCAGGUCGUUCUUAGACUCAAAGUGUGGCAGACAGGUUACAUCGGCAACAUCUACAGUAUUGGAUCUACCUUCUUCAGUCUCAUUGUGGGUGUCGCCAUCCGAAAAACCGGCCGCUUCAAGUGGGUUGCCUUAUACUUUGGUGUGCCCGUUACCAUCCUUGCUAUCGGCCUUUUGAUUCACUUCCGUCAUGAAGGAACCCCACUUGGCUGGAUCAUUUUCGUCGAGAUCAUCUACGCCUUCGCUGGUGGUGCCUGUGUCAUCGCCGAGCAAGUUGCUGUCAUGGCUGCAGCAUCUCACCAAGAAGUCGCUGUCGUCCUGGCCAUCGAGGGUCUAUUCUCCAGCGUUGGUGGUGGUAUCGGUGGCACCGUUGCCGGCGCUAUCUGGACCGGCAUCUUUCCCCGCAAGCUUUUGGAAUACUUGCCCGCGGAGACUAAGGACCAGUUUGCCACCAUUUAUGGUGACUUGGCUGCUCAGAUCUCGUACCCUGUCGGCUCAGCAACCCACACAGCUAUCGUCCGAGCUUACGAUGACGCUCUCAAAAACAUGUUCAUUGCCGCCACCACCAUCACCGUCAUUGGUCUCGCUGGUGUCAUCGCCUGGCGCGAUAUUAGACUCAAGGACUUCAAGCAAGUCAAGGGUAAUGUCUGGUAAACGUUUCACCUGUGGUGUGGGUUUCCAGUCCCCAAUACUAUCACUACGUAACGAAACUCGAGGGAAACGCCCAAAUUUGACAGCUUUCGAGAUGCUAGUUAAGCGGCCGGUAUACGGUAAGCGAGAAGCUACAAGUACAAAAGAAAGGUGCGAUCGUUUUGGGCAGGUACUAAACUAUAUAAAGUUAAAUGUGUAAUAAUUAAAUCAGAAGAUCAAGAUAACUACUCAAUCUUGUAAAUCUACAAUUUGUUCCAAACUGUAA